AUGGCGACGCGCCAUGCUGAUACUUCAAGGUACGACCGCGAUCGAGGACGUUACUCUCCACCACGCCGUGGUCGUGAUAGGUCGCCUGCUGGACGCCGAGAUCGUUCGCGCGAUCGCCAUGGUGACCGCCAUGGUGACCGCUAUGUAGCAGGAGGAGGUGCUGGUGGUGGUGGCAGCGACGGCCGCGGUGGUGGUGGAGCGGGCCCCCGUGUGAGGGACGACCGCGACCGCCGGGACAGAGACAGAGGAGUCGACCGCCGUGAUGACAGGCGUGAUGAUCGCCGUGAUGACCGCCGUGACCGCGAUAGCUAUCGUCGCCGUUCCCGUUCUCCACCUCGCCGGGAUCGUGACCGCUCUCGAGACAGAUACGGUGAUCGCUACAGGCGUGGAGACCGUGAACGUCCAUACGAUGAUCGUGACAGGUACGACGGUGGGAGACGUUCUACUUCUCGUCGACCCGGUUCAUCGCGCGCUUCGGGUACACCGGCGCCAGAUGCCAGGCGUGACGGCGACAGGCGAAGCAGUACAUCGUACGACGACAAGAAGAAGACACCAGAGCAGAUUGCAAAAGACAAGCUCGCUGAGCGGGCUGCAAAGCUAGCCGAAUGGAAGAAGCGCAAUGCGGAGCGCCUGGCCAAAGACAAGCCCGACACUCCUGGCAACGAAGCUUCGCCUGCCAUCACCGCACCGUCGACACCCACGGUUGCUGGUGCUUCACCUGCUGCGAGUGAGGCGAAAGCAAACACUCCCAAGACUAAAGUCCUCCAGAAGAUUCCUACUGAGAAAGGCAAGCAGAAGCAGCCGGAGAAGCCGACCUUCAAGAUUGAUGAGUCGGCCGCCGCGAGGCCACUGCUUGCGAAGCCUGCAGGCACACCCGUUACCAACGCGGCUGCCAACCAGUCUGCGGUCAAAGCUAAUGGCAACAUGGGCACCUUCGGACUCAAGGCCAAGACUGCUGCGGAAGUCGAGGCGGAAAGCUCCAAGAAGGCCUUGCUCGAUGAUGAUAUCGAUACUAGGAGGCGCAAGCCCCAAGCUUUCCCAACCUUCGCCCCUCUCGAUGAGCCUGAGCAUGCAGCUGACGCAGACGAAGACGAUGCGAUGAGCGCCAUUCACAGCGACAAUGAGGAGAGCAACGCACAGCUCCAAGCUCGUCUGGAGGAGCGCCGGGCAGAGAUCGCUAACGCGAGUGCGGAGAUGGAAGACACUGUCAUGGAAGAAGCCCCAGUCGCCGCCGAAUCUGGCGAGAAGAUGGAAGUUGACGAUGACGCAGGCGCUGAAGAAGCAGAAGACGUUGACCCUCUUGACGCCUACAUGGCCGACCUUAACGAUGCGCAGCCUGGCCCUGCGGGUCCAGGUGAACCCAUGUUCAACGACGACCUCGAACCAGAACAGACAUCUGUCGAAGCAGAAGACCUUCUCGCUCUUCGCGCCGCCAGGAAAAAGAAGAAGGAAGUGCCCAUCGUCGACCACGCCAAAGUUGAGUACGAGCCAUUCCGCAAAGACUUCUACACUGAGCCAGCCGAAAUUAGCCAAAUGACACCAGAAGAGGUCGCCGAUCUCCGUCACGAACUCGAUGGAAUCAAAGUCAAGCCAGAUGAUGUUCCCCGACCGGUUACAAAGUGGGCUCAGAUGGGCUUGCUGCAAGCCACUAUGGAUGUCUUUACGCGCGUACGUUAUGAGCGCCCCACUUCCAUUCAGGCACAAGCUAUCCCCAUUGCUGAGUCUGGCCGUGACCUUAUCGGUGUAGCCAAAACUGGCUCUGGAAAGACACUUGCAUUCGGUAUUCCCAUGAUUCGUCAUAUUCUUGAUCAGCGCCCACUCAAGGGUUCCGAUGGACCUAUUGGUCUUAUUCUUGCUCCUACUCGAGAACUUUCUCUGCAAAUUGUCAGUGAGCUGAAGCCUUUUCUCAGUGCUUCCAAUAUCACGAUCAAGUGUGCUUAUGGUGGCCAACCUAUCUCUGAUCAGAUUGCCAUGAUCAAGCGAGGCGGUAUCCACAUUUUAUGCGCCACUGCGGGACGACUCAUUGAUCUGUUGCAAAGCAACUCGGGUCGAGUGCUCAAUUUCAAACGCAUUACAUACGUUGUGCUUGAUGAGGCUGACCGCAUGUUCGACAUGGGCUUUGAGCCUCAAGUGAUGAAGAUCCUUGCAACUAUCCGUCCAGACCGUCAGACUAUUCUCUUCUCUGCUACGUUUCCCAAGAGCAUGGCUUCGCUAGCCCGCAAAGCUCUGAAUAAGCCUGCAGAAGUCAUCAUCGGUGGUCGCAGCAAGGUUGCUCCUGAAAUCACUCAAAUCAUCGAGUUUGUUCCCCCAUCUUACGAGAAGAAGAUUGCCAAGCUGCUACUACAUCUCGGCCAAGUCUUCUCUGAGAAUGAGAACUCGCAAGUAUUGAUCUUCACCGAACGACAGGAGACUGCUGAGGAUCUUUUGUCAAAGCUUUUCAAGGUUUCUUAUCUAUCUGUGAACACAAUUCACGGCGCAAAAGAUCAGACUGAUCGUAACGAAGCUCUCAAUGAUUUCAAACAAGGUGUCCUUUCUAUUCUCAUCGCUACGUCUGUCGCAGCUCGCGGGCUUGAUGUUCCCGGCCUUGCACUGGUGUUCAAUUUUGACUGCCCUACACAUUUGGAAGAUUACGUCCACCGCUGUGGACGUACUGGACGUGCUGGCAAUAAAGGGACUGCCAUAACUUUGAUCGAAGACCCUGGUCAGGAGCGCUUUGCUGUUCAUGUCGUCAAAGCUUUGAAGGAGAGCGAUACUGAAGUGCCGGAACAACUACAAAGGAUGGCUGACGCAUUCCAUGAGAAGGCCAAGACGGGUGCUGAAAAGUACUACGGCGGUUUCGGUGGCAAGGGUCUUGACAAGCUUGAUGCUGCACGUGCUUUUGAGAAGAAGAUUCAGAAACGCGCACUUAAGAUCGAAGGCGUGGAGAGUGACGAAGAGGAGGAAGUUAAAUUACCUGUAAUUAAGGCGGCCGAAGGCUCUGCUACUGCUACUGCUACUGCUACAGUUCCUGCUUCUGCUGCUGGUACUGGCACCGUUACCGCCAAGUCUGCUGACGCAACCGCAGCUGAUGAGGACACACCGACUUGGAUGAAGCUGCUUAACAGCAAGAUCAUUGUUAAGAAGACUGAACGGCCGGAAGCCGCGCCCAGCGGUGCCCCAAUGUCUCGCAGAGAAAAGGCCAUGCUAGCUGCCCAAAAGGUCGACGGUCGUCUUAGCAAGAAGGGCGCGAUCCAUGCUGGUCAACCUAUCGACAACAAGGGUCCGGAUGCAGGUCUCUACCACGCCACCAUUGAGAUCAACGACUUCCCGCAAAAGGCUCGCUGGGCCGUUACCAACCGUACGAACGUUGCGAAGAUCCUCGAACAGACUGGUGUGUCGAUCACCACCAAAGGUACCUUCCAUCCACCAGGAAAAGAGCCGGCAGAGGGCGAACAACCCAAAUUGUACAUCUUAGUUGAGGGUGAUACGGAAAAUGUAGUCACGGAAGCUAUGAUGGAACUCACGCGUCUGCUGCGCGAGGGCACCAUUGCAGCGGAGGAAGCAGCGGCACAAACCCGGGUUCCUGGGCGUUACAGCGUCAUCUAA